AUGCCAACUAGUGGAUCUGUUGAAAAGCUAUGGAGUAGCAUCAAGAACGCCUUUAUCACAACCAGUGAUGAAACCCUCGGCAAAGUACGCUGUACGCGGAGGGAGUGGAUUUCAGAUGAAACCUGGAGGGUGAUCGAUGAGCGGAGAGAAGCGAAAGCUGGCAUUGAGCGAGCGCGUACCAGAGCGGCUAAGACAGACGCUCGUCAACGAUACGCCGAGUUGGAGAAGGCUGUUAAGAGGGCUUGUAGACGGGACAAGAGAGCCUGGACCAACUCCCUAGCUGAAGAGGGUGAAACCGCCGCCGCCUGUAUCCGCCUGUUGUACGACAUUUCUCGCCGCCUUAGUGGUGUUAGGAUGAAUACGAAGAUGGCGCUAAAAGAUAGAACUGGUCAGUUAUUGACAGACCGUACAGACCAGCUUAAACGAUGGGCUGAACACUUUGAGCAACACUUUCGAGUCUCAAAUGCCGGUAACCAAGAAAACCAGCAGCGCUUAGCACCCGUAGUUCGUCGCAUUAAUCGCGUAAACUCCGAUGCGAUGUCUGAAAUUGAAGUGGUAAUCAAGAAUAUGAAGUCCAGUAGAGCGCCAGGAAUAGACUGUAUUUCAGCCGAGAUGCUCAAAGCUGACACAGCCUUGUCAGCCCAAAUGAUGCAUCGGCUAUUUAGCAAUAUAUGGGAAACCGCAACUUAUCCGGUGGACUGGAUGCCGGGCGUUUUGGUUAAAGUCCCUAAGAAAGGAGAUCCAAUUGAAUGCGGGAACUGGCGCGGCAUCACGCUGCUUUGUGUUACUCUCGAAGUACUCUGCCUUUGCAGGUCUACGAAAUAUCUGGCGCUCAAACCAGAUCACUCUACAUACAAAAACCCGAAUCUUUAA